AUGGAGGGAAAGAGAUCAGACUCACCAGAACCCAGCUGUGUGUCCAUGAAGAGUGACUGGUCAAUGGACUGUCCAUUUGGCUUCAGAGACAGAGACAGUCCUGCUGAUCUGAGACCACAAAAGAAGAAAUCAAACCUCAGCAGAAAUCAGCUGGAGUCCAUAUUCAAGGAGCUGGAACACAAAGUCAUCAGUGUGAUCCAGAAGGAGCUGAAGAGGUUUAAGAAGCUCCUGAGUCCAGAUUCCCCAGCAUGCUGUGAGAGGGAGGUGGAAGAUGAGGAGGAUCAGAGCAGUGUCAGAGAGGGAGUGCUGAAGAUCACACUGCACUUCCUGAAGAACAUGAAACACACAGAUCUCGCUCACACACUGCACAACAAACACGUCUCUGUGUAUCGGCAAAAGCUGAAAUCCAACCUGAGAGAGAAGUUUAAAAGAGUUAAUGAAGGAAUCUCACAGCAUGGAAGCUCAGCUCUUCUGAAUGAGAUCUACACAGAGCUCUACAUCACAGAGGGUUGGAGUGGAGACGUCAAUAAAGAACAUGAGGUGAGACAGAUUGAGACGGCGUCCAGGAGACCAGCAACACAGGAGACACUCAUCAAAUGUAAGGAUCUCUUUAAAGACACGUCCAUCAGAAGUGUGCUGACUAAAGGAGUUGCUGGAAUUGGAAAAACAGUCUCUGUGCAGAAGUUCAUUCUGGACUGGACUGAAGGAGAAGCGAAUCAGGACGUCACCUUCAUGUUCCCACUUCCCUUUAGAGAGCUGAAUCUGAUGAAGGAGAGAAAUCUCAGUCUGAUGAAUCUUCAUCACUUUUUCCCAGAAAUGAAAGAAUUACGAUUCAUAGACUGUGAUAUAAACAAAGUCCUGUUGAUCUUUGAUGGUCUGGAUGAGUGUCGACUUCCUCUAAAUUUCCAGAACAAUGAGAGAUUGUGUGAUGUGACGGAGUCGGCCUCAGUGGAUGUGCUGCUGACAAACCUCAUCAAGGGGAAUCUGCUUCCCUCUGCUCUCUUCUGGAUAACCUCUCGACCAGCAGCAGCCAAUCAGAUCCCUCCUGAGUGUGUAGGCCAGGUAACAGAGGUACGAGGGUUCAGUGAUCCUCAGAAAGAGGAGUACUUCAGGAAGAGGAUCAGUGAUCACAGCCUGGCCAAUAAAAUCAUCACACACAUGAAGUCUUCAAGAAGCCUCUACAUCAUGUGCCACAUCCCAGUCUUCUGCUGGAUCUCAGCCACUGUUCUCGAGAGAAUGUUGGGUGAAGCAGAGAGUGGAGAGAUCCCCAAGACUCUGACUCAAAUGUUCACACACUUCCUGAUCUUUCAGAUCAAACACAAGGACCAAAAGUACCAUCAGAAAUGUGAGCCUGAUCCUCAGCAGACCAGAGCGAGUAUCCUGGCACUGGGAAAACUGGCUUUCCAACAGCUGGAGAAAGGAAACCUGAUCUUCUAUGAGGAAGACCUGAGAGAGUGUGGCAUUGAUGUGAGAGAAGUGUCAGUGUACUCAGGAGUGUGUACCCAAAUCUUCCGAGAGGAGUUUGGGCUUCACCUGGGGAAAGUGUUCAGCUUCGUACAUCUGAGUGUUCAGGAGUUUCUGGCUGCUUUAUACGUCUUUCUCCGUUUUAUUUUUAGAAAGAGAAAUGUGCUCAUGGAACAAAGGACUGGGCUUUUUAAUUUCUUAAUAAAGUCAAACAUGUCUGAUUUCCUCAGGAGUGCAGUGGACAAGGCCUUACAGAGUGAGAAUGGACACCUGGACCUGUUCCUCCGCUUCCUUCUGGGUCUCUCACUGGAGUCCAAUCAGACUCUCUUACGAGACCUACUGCCCCAGACAGGAAAUAGCGCUCACAGCAAACAGGAAACAGUCGAGUACAUCAAGGAGAAGAUCAGGGAGAAUCCAUCUCCAGAGAAAUCCAUCAAUCUGUUCCACUGUCUGAAUGAACUGAAUGAUCAUUCUCUAGUGCAGGAAGUACAACGUUACCUGAACAGAGGAGAUUCCAGUCGUCUCAGUGGAGUCAGUCUCUCUCCUGCUCAGUGGUCAGCUCUGGUGUUUGUGUUACUGAAUUCAGAACAGGAGCUGGAUCUGUUUGAUUUGAGUAAAUAUGACCCAUCAGAGGAAUGUCUUCUGAAGCUGCUGCCAGUGGUCAAAGCCUCCAGAAAAGCUGUUCUGUGGGGGUGUAAUCUGACAGAGGAAAGCUGUAGAGUUCUGUCCUCAGUUCUCAGCUCAAACUCCUCCAGACUGAGAGAACUGGACCUGAGAGACAAUAACCUGCAGGAUUCAGGAGUGAAGCUGCUCUCUGCUGGACUGGAGAAUCCACACUGUACACUGGAGACACUGAGUCUGUGGGGGUGUAAACUGACAGAGGAAAGCUGUAGAGUUCUGUCCUCAGUUCUCAGCUCAAACUCCUCCAGACUGAGAGAACUGAACCUGAGUGACAAUAACCUGCAGGAUUCAGGAGUGAAGCUGCUCUCUGCUGGACUGGAGAAUCCACACUGUACACUGGAGACACUGAGUCUGUGGGGGUGUAAUCUGACAGAGGAAAGCUGUAGAGUUCUGUCCUCAGUUCUCAGCUCAAACUCCUCCAGACUGAGAGAACUGAACCUGAGAGACAAUAACCUGCAGGAUUCAGGAGUGAAGCUGCUCUCUGCUGGACUGGAGAAUCCACACUGUACACUGGAGACACUGAGUCUGUGUGAGUGUAAUCUGACAGAGGAAAGCUGUAGAGUUCUGUCCUCAAUUCUCAGCUCAAACUCCUCCAGACUGAGAGAACUGAACCUGAGAGACAAUAACCUGCAGGAUUCAGGAGUGAAGCUGCUCUCUGCUGGACUGGAGAAUCCACACUGUACACUGGAGACACUGAGUCUGUGUGAGUGUAAUCUGACAGAGGAAAGCUGUAGAGUUCUGCCCUCAGUUCUCAGCUCAAACUCCUCCAGACUGAGAGAACUGAACCUGAGUAACAAUAACCUGCAGGAUUCAGGAGUGAAGCUGCUCUCUGCUGGACUGGAGAAUCCACACUGUACACUGGAGAUACUGAGGUUGUCUGACUGCAGGAUUACAGGUGAAGGUUGUGCUGCUCUGGUUUCAGCUCUGAGGUCAAAUCCCUCAUCACACCUGAGAGAACUGCAUCUGAACUGCAAUAAUCCAGGAGAAUCAGGAGUGAAGCUGCUCUCUGAUCUACUGAAGGAUCCACACUGUACACUGGAGACACUACAUCUGUGGGGGUGUAAUCUGAGAGAGGAAAGCUGUAGAGUUCUGUCCUCAGUUCUCAGCUCAAACUCCUCCAGACUGAGAGAACUGAACCUGAGUAACAAUAACCUGCAGGAUUCAGGAGUGAAGCUGCUCUCUGCUGGACUGGAGAAUCCACACUGUACACUGGAGACACUGAGUCUGUGUGGGUGUAAACUGACAGAGGGAAGCUGUAGAGUUCUGUCCUCAGUUCUCAGCUCAAACUCCUCCAGACUGAGAGAACUGGACCUGAGUGACAAUAACCUGCAGGAUUCAGGAGUGAAGCUGCUCUCUGCUGGACUGGAGAAUCCACACUGUACACUUGAGACACUGAGGUUGUCUGAAUGCAGGAUUACAGGUGAAGGUUGUGCUGCUCUGGUUUCAGCUCUGAGGUCAAAUCCCUCAUCACACCUGAGAGAACUGCAUCUGAACUACAAUAAUCCAGGAGAAUCAGGAGUGAAGCUGCUCUCUGAUCUACUGAAGGAUCCACACUGUACACUGGAGACACUACAAUUUAGAUUUUCAUCCUGAUCUGAUCUGAGUCUCACACACAGAGGAUGAUGAGGAUAAACCCUUACAGUACAAAGUGAUUUGAAAAUCAUCAUCAUUUAGUGAUAAUCAGAUGUGUACAACAUGUCAGCACUUCCACUUCUCUAGUUGUUUGUAAAAAUACACCUGCUGAGAUAAAUAAACUUUAAUGAACUCAACACUCAUAAACAUUUUCUUUUUAAUAUCUUUUACAGCAAAACAGAAACUGUUAAUGCACAUCGAACAUCAUUUAAUAGUUUUGUAUGUACAGUAUGCUUCUGUUUUUCCAUUUACAUGCAGCAGAAGGUCACAUUUAUGUUUAAAACAUCAUAAAUAUCUUAUAGUAUCAGUUCACUGCAGUAAUUUGAUCAUUGCACAAAGUUACACACUGUUUAUAACUGCGUAAAGUAAAUUAUUUUCCUCCUGGAGUUGUUAUAAAAUUCAGAUGAGAGGUUUAAUUUGGUUGACUCUGUACAUAACUAAUGUUUUAAUCGAUUUGUAAAUGCUGUGUUUAUAAAAAUGAAGAUGAUUAUCAAUUCUGUAUUGAAUGUUAGAAAUAUUUGUGUGAAGAGACUUCAUUGUGUAUCUGUACUGUGCAUGGGCAUAAAAAUGCGUACGGACGCGUCCAUACCAAUAUUCAGCUGAGUUUAAAAUGUCCAUACCAUUUUUGAAUGGAGAAGCCGCGAUGCGGGAAACGCUGAAUAAAAACACCAAACGCGG